AAAAAUACAUGUACGUGUACAUACAAUUAAUACUACUACUAUUACUAUUUAUAGGCUAUAUUCAAGGAAGAGGAAACUUUAAAAUCCACAAAAAAUGUUUAGUUGGAAAAUAUUUUUAGUGUUGAUUCUUUAAUUGUAAUAAUCCAAAAAUUGGAUUGAAGAAUCAGAUCAUCAAUUCCAGUAUUUUAUUGUUACAGUGAACAGAAGCACAUGCACAUAAAAAAAACAUCAUAAAAGAGAAAGUUACCGGUCCAGAAUAAGUGAAGUAUGUUCAUAUUGGUCCUUCCCCUCUUUCCUGAUCCCAGGAAAUGGGUCGACCCAGCGAGCGACCCCGCCCACACUGGAAGGAGUAGGACGAAGACUUCUGCUUUCCUGUCAGUUGCAGUCUCUGCUAAAUUCGCGCAUGAGAGUCUUGGAUUGGGUCCCUGGUUUAGUUGAGACUCCUGUCUGGACAGGAAGGAGCACCUUGAGCUGCUUUGGCUCAGCAUGGACAGCGCAGGGAGGAGAGUGGUGGUCUGUGACAAUGGGACGGGGUUUGUCAAGUGCGGCUUCGCUGGAUCCAACUUCCCGGCCCACAUUCCGGCCAUGGUGGGUCGACCAAUCAUACGGUCGAACACCAAAGUGGGCAACAUCGAGAUAAAGGACCUGAUGGUGGGCGACGAGGCCAGCGAAUGCCGCUCCAUGCUGGAGGUGUCCUACCCCAUGGAGAACGGGAUGGUGCGCAGCUGGGAGGACACCUUCGGCCCCGGCCGCCUGGACAUCGACCCGCCCCAAAGCAAGAUCCUGCUGACGGAGCCGCCCAUGAACCCCACCAAGAACCGGGAGAAGAUCGCCGAGGUCAUGUUCGAGAAGUACCGGUUCCACGGCAUCUACGUGGCCAUUCAGGCGGUGCUCACUCUGUACGCUCAGGGUCUGCUCACCGGCGUGGUCCUCGACUCGGGGGACGGCGUCACCCACAUCUGCCCCGUGUACGAGGGCUACUCUCUGCCCCACCUCACGCGCCGGCUGGACAUCGCGGGGCGGGACAUCACGCGGUACCUCAUCAAGCUCCUGCUCCUCCGCGGCUACGCCUUCAACCACACGGCCGACUUUGAGACGGUGCGCAUGAUGAAGGAGGAGCUGUGCUACGUCGGGUACAACAUCGAGCAGGAGCAGCGCCUGGCCCUGGAGACCACCUACCUGGUGGAGGCCUUCACGCUCCCCGACGGGCGGCAGGUGCGGGUGGGGGGGGAGAGGUUCGGGGCCCCCGAGGCUCUCUUCCAGCCCCACCUCAUCAACGUGGAGGGGGCAGGAGUGGCGGAGCUGCUUUUCAACACCAUCCAGGCUGCAGACAUCGACCUCAGGGCCGACUUCUACAAGCACAUUGUUCUGUCAGGAGGGACCACCAUGUACCCGGGACUCCCAUCCAGGCUGGAGAGGGAGAUCAAGCAGCUCUACCUGGAGAGGGUGCUGGACGGAGACACCGAGAAGCUUUCCAAGUUCCGGAUCCGCAUCGAGGACCCUCCGCGGCGUAAGCACAUGGUGUUCCUGGGCGGCGCCGUGCUCGCCAACAUCAUGAAGGACAAGGAGUCCUUCUGGCUGAGCAGGGCGGAGUACGAGGAGAAGGGCAUGGCGGCGCUGCAGAAACUGGGGGGAGGAGUCAGAUAAGAGGGGGGG